AUGGAUCAAGUGUUGAUGAAUUAUCUCCCAAAUGCUUUUGCAUUUAUGUAUGUCAUUAAUGUUACAAAUGCUGGUGGAUUGCAGAAAGAUUUGAAAGACAAGGUAAAUAUAGAAAAACUUAAUAUGGAAUACACAUUCAAAAUGAAAGAACAAAAAAUAUAGAACGUUAUUAAUUUAAAAGAACACUAUAAAUACUCAUAUAACAUUAACAAAUGCAUGAAUAUAUUAUAUGCAGGGUCUAUCAAGUCCAUCUUUAAUUCUUACCAAUUUUCUAUAAGUAUUCCUUUAAUAAGAUAUUUUAGAUUUAUUUCAAAAACGAAGGUUAUUAAGAAGCUAAAAUAUUACAAAUACUCAUAUAACAUUAACAAAUAGUACAUGAAUAUGCACGUAUAAUUAACACAAUAAAACUUUGUCAUUUCCUGAAACUCGUUAUCCUAGUAUCCUCUAACUCGAAAGCUAUAUCUAUAUUCUAGAGUGAUUAAGUCAUCCUUUACAUUUAGUUGCAAAAAAUUCACGAAAAAGUAGAAUCACUCGAAGGUGGUAGUGAAGAAAAUAACCGCUUGGCAGAAUGUUCCCUUUUUGUGUGCAAUAAGUGGGAUCUAGUGCCUGAAGAUCAACGAGAUGAGACAAAGAAAUAUGUAGUCAAAAAAUUGAAAGAAUGCUGGCCAGGAGCAAAUCUGGACAAUCAAAUUGUGUUUAUGUCAACAACGAAUGCCAUUAAAGCACAGCAAUAUGGUGGAGUCACCAAAGAGUUUGAUGAUUUACUUGAAAAAAUAAAGCAGAUUAUCCUGAAAGCAAUAAAUAUCAGGCUGUACAACCACUGGCUGUAA